AUGGCCGAGCUCCCAUCGAAGGUGCACCUCACCUCGCACCCCAUCUGCCUGAGGAUCCUAGGGAACUCGGUGUACCAGGACGAGAAGCAGCGCACAUGGCUGCAUCUAGUCAUGGAGACAGGAGGUGCCCUGCAAGUACGGUUGCGGCAGGAAGCCAUCCCCAGUGGGCAUAUCUCACUCACCACCAGCACGCUGACCUCGAGCACCAUGCCGUUUAUGUGGACGAUCCACCCUGGCAACCAGUACCUGGACUGCAUGUUGCGGUUCUGGCGCAUUGUGCACCACAUCAAGGAGGAUGACAUGGAGGAAAUGAUCCUUGAGCUGAUGGAAGACUCGAAGGACACGUGA